UUGAAACAGGCAACACUCUGCCAUUAUGUGACGUCAUUAUGGCCUGGUUGGGUUAGGUUUGCUUGGAAAUUUUUGUUAAAAAUCUUGUAUUUUAGUGUUUGUAUGUUGUGCUACUUAUUUUAGAAUAGUAAUAUAAAUACCUCAAAUAGUAGCAGUAAUCCUGGUGCCAAGAAGUGAUUAUCUCGGCGACAUUUUGUGGCGAAAAUGAAUCGCCAUGAAGGAGUCAGCUGUGAUGCUUGUUUGAAAAAUAAUUUUAGAGGACGACGAUACAAAUGUUUGAUUUGCAUCGACUACGACUUAUGUGCCGCUUGUUAUGAGUCCGGCGCAACAACAAACCAACACACAACAGAGCACCCCAUGCAAUGUAUUCUAUCCAGAAGUGAUUUUGAUCUCUACUAUGGCGGGGAAACCCUUGCAUUGGAACAGCCACAGGCUUACACAUGUCCAUUCUGCAAUCGUAUGGGCUUCACUGACACAUCACUUAUGGAACAUGUUACCGCAGAACAUGCUGACACUACUUUGGCUGUGGUGUGUCCCGUAUGCGCCUCAAUGCCGGGUGGGGAGCCAAACUUCGUGACUGAUGACUUUGCCGGUCAUCUCACACUCGAACACCGAACUGGACCCAGGGAUCUCAUCUCAUUUUUGGAUGAGCCGAGUGGCAUCCGGCACGGAGGCGUGCGCCGCAUGCCGCCGACGGGCCGCGGAGUGACGCGCGCGCGCCGCACCAACAUGCACUUCAGCACGAGCGGCGGCAUCUCGUCGCUGUCGCCGUCGGCGCGCGAUGCGGUGGUGGACCCCAUCGCCGAGCUACUGUCGCAGCUGUCAGGCGUGCGGCGCGGCGCGCAGCCCGGCACGCCAUCGCAGCUGCAGCAGCUGCAGAUCCAGCUGCAGCUAGAGCGCCAGCAGGCCAGCGCGGCGCGCCAGCAGCUGGAGCGCCUGCCGCGCCGCCCCGCCGCCGCCGCGGGCGCCACGGCGCCGCCGCCCGGCUUCGCGCCCGCCGCCGCGCCGCCGCCGCAGCCCGACGCGGACUCGCAGUUCCUGCUGGCCGGUGUGCUGGGUGCCGCGACCGCCGCGGACGGCGCGGAGGCGGAGAGCCGCGCGGCGCUACUGCGCGGCCUGGUGCUGGCGUCGCUGGGACGCGCGCCACCGCCGCCGCCGCGCGCACCGCCGCCCGCGCCCGCGCCACCGCCCGCCGCGCCGCCGCCGCGCGCCAAGCCCGCGCCGCGCAGCAAGGCGCCCGCGCCGCCCGACCCGCCCGCCGUGCCCGCGCGCCCGCGCCCCGUCUGACCGCCGCCGGGAGGGGCGCGCCGGCACGUCAGCGUCGCGGUAGUGAUGGCAGCGCGCGAGUGUACAUAGGGGAGCGGCGCGCGAGGGGUGACGCCCAAAGGCCGGUUUCACCGACUUGUUUUUUCGCUAACACUUAUUAGUGGACGCUUAUGUUUGUUUUGUUGGCUUUCGAAAUAUCAGUGUGAUUUCCUUUAUAAUAAAUAGAGAAUACUUAAUAGUUAAUGGAAUGUUUUAUUCGAUUGAAGUAUAUAAGGUCAUAACAGAUCGCGGAACGACAUUUAGCUAUACGAUAGUCCGAGAGGAGUCCGCGAAGCGAGCGUCGCCGGCGGCCGCUUUGCGCAGCACGCCUCGGCCGAGACCAAUAGCAGUAUUGACAGUCAUUUUUUUAAUGAGAUUAUGUUAUAUUUGUCACAUACUAGUUAGAGAUAAUUAAUACGUGUAUUUUUAUAAGAGCAACAUCUCAACUAUGCUAUUUCUGUAUGACUCCUCUCCAAAUUCAUAUUCUUUAAUAAAGUAAAUACUUAUAAAAUAAAACUACUUACACUCGAAUUGUCACUAGCUACCCAAAAAUGCUUAUUAGUUUGAUUAUUAUACUCCAACAUUACAAAAUGUUUGUAUGUACCCUAAUUAAAUUCUAUAACAUUAA